CAACCACACAAAAGAAAUAGAAGAGUCAAACUUGACGUCCAACAACUCCCACGAAAUGGGAAAGCAAGAAACUAACUCCAUUUUUUUCUUUCUAAAGUCAUCCUCCCCCUCUCUAUAUAUUUAUUGACGACACAUAAAAUUCCAGAGAAAUCAAACACACAAACAAAGACAUGGGAAAGCUAAACUCAAUUCUAUUGCUUUGCUCUGUUACUAUUGCCAUGUUAUUGUCAAUUCCAGUAGCACAUUGCACUAUUGCUCAAGGACCUAAAGCAGUAGACCAAUGGUUCCAAAAUCUUGCCCAUGCAAAACCAAAAAUGACCAAACUUCACUUCUACUUUCACGAUAUAGUUAGUGGCAAAAACCCAACUGCUGUACCAAUUGCCAAGGCCAAUUCCACGUCACAUUCGCCUACGAGUUUUGGCCUGUUGGCAGUGUUAGACGAUCGAUUGACAACUGGACCUGAGGUCAAUUCAACGACUAUUGGUCGAGCUCAAGGAAUUGUGGGUGCAGCUUCUCUUGAUGAAUUUAGUUUAUUGAUGGGUCUUAAUUUUGUGUUUACACAUGGAAAAUAUAAUGGUAGUACACUUAGUCUUUUGGGACGUAACACGGUUUUGAAUGAAUAUCGAGAGAUGCCGAUUGUUGGUGGUUCGGGUGUUUUCAGGCUAGCUAGAGGUGUCGCGACUGCAAAGACGUAUGUUUUGAGGAAUAAUGGUGAUGCUAUUGUUGAGUAUAAUGUUGUAGUAAUGCAUUAUUGAGUGUUAUGUAUGUUGGCCGGCCAUGGAAUUGCUAAUUUUGUUUUGUUUUGUC